AUGAGGGAGCAAUCUGAGAACAGGAGUGCCAAGCCAGGCACAAAGGAGAAGAAGAAAAGUGAGUUUGAGUUCUGCAAGGUCUGCAAUAUAAAUUACGACCAAGGUAUCCGCCACAAGUACUUUCCUAAACACAAAAAAUCCCUUUCCACCUUCCUCUCUCGCUUCCAAAACAAACUCUCCGACGUUCGCUACUUCCUCAAAACGCCUACCUCUCUCAGUCCCCAACUAGCUUCCCGUAAUCGCUUCUGGUGUGUUUUCUGUGACCAAGAUAUCAACGAGCUCGUCACUUCCUUUGCUUGUGAAAAUGCAAUUCGUCACUUAGCAAGUGUGGAACAUGUGAAUAAUUUGAAGCACUUCUUUUGGAAAUAUGGUGGCGCGAUGGAUCAGCUGGAUGUGUUUAAAGUUUCUGAUAAUGAUAUUGCGAAGUGGGAAAAGAGGUGCACGGCCCUUAAAAAAGAAGCUUCAUUGCUAAGUGAGGGAAGUCCCGGAGCUGUUUUUAGACCUUCAAGUGGAAUGAGUAUCAGUGCAAAUCCUCUUGCGUUGCAGGAUUUUGCAGUUGGAAGGAGUGGCUAUUCUCUCCCAUGUAAUGGCGGGCAAUGGUCAAGUGAUGGCUACACGAGCAAUAAAGUGCAGCUUCUUGAUAAUGGUAAAGGGGUCAACGGAGAGAGCAGUCAGCAAGGUAUACAGAUGCUCACCAGAAUCUCUAUUGGACCUGCUGAAAAUAAUGGUGGAAAUGUUCAUUCUGGAGCACCGCCACCUUGGUUUGAAACAACAGAAGUAGUUCAGAUACUUUCUAAGCCUGUUUCAAGACAAUUUGUCUCCCAUUCAAACAAGUCAGGGAAGCACAAAAAGUUGAAUCCUAAACGCGUUGGAGCUGCUUGGGCCGAAAAGAGAAAGAUUGAAAUGGAGAUGGAAAAGAGAGGGGAGAUUGUGAGGAACGAAUGCGAUGCCAACUGGCUUCCUAAUUUUGGUAGAGUUUGGCAAUCUGGUAGCAGAAGAGAAUCAAGAAAAGAAUUUGAGAAGGAGAAACAAAAGUUGUUAAAUGUUGAAACUCAAUCUGAGAUGCCAAUCAAGAUACAACCCUAUGUUAGCAAAAGAAUGCGGAUGGAUAGUGGCGCUGAUCAUGCAAGUGGGUGA